AUGACCGUGCCGUCAAGUCAUUGUCGUUCCAUCGCUGAACUUCGGUCUCCUUCGGGAAGGUCUCCGGGCACGUUCUAUGCUGCAACGUUUGGCGGUAACAGAAAUGCUUAUCCAUGGCUGUCGUGUUCUUCUGAGUUGAAUUCGUUAGAUUACUUAGUCUGGAGUGGAGUUGAAGUCAAACGUUGUGGAAAAACCCAUCGCCGAAUCGACGAAUCGUGUAGUGACGAAGUAUCGCCGGAAGAUCUGGCAAAAGCAGGAUGUGCCCUACCUGUGUGCCAACGUGGAUGA